UAAUUAGUCAUUAAUUCUUGCUUUGUUUGAUACCCAUAAACUUAUUACAAAUAUGACAUCUUCUUCUAUUGUGGGUGCUCUUGCAUGCCAAAAGAACUCAUUUUUGAAAAGUUUCAAAACAGUUGUAGUUUCUUGCUUGGAAUACGUGCCAGCUCCUGAAGUAAGUGAAAAAUCGAAAAAGGCUAAAGGUAAGAAAGAUAUCUCAACACUUAGUCUUGAUGAUCAACCAAAGCAAGCCAAUUAUGCUAUUGAAUUCGAGGAUACUAUUUUGUUUCCUGAAGGUGGUGGUCAACCAUCUGAUAGUGGAUCUAUCAUCUUGCCUGAUGAAAGUGUAAUCACUGUAUCUAAAGUCCUCAGAGAUAAACUUUCUGCUAAGCAUAUUACCACCAGUCCUAUUGAACCGGGUACUCCUGUGACUUUAAAAGUCGACUGGGAAAAGCGUUUGGACUACAUGCAACAACACACGGGUCAACAUCUUCUUUCUGCCGUUUUUGAUACCUAUAACCUUGAGACAUUGAGUUGGGCCAUGGGAGAAAAUGGUAAACUCAAUUAUAUUGAACUUCCUAAAAAAGUGGAUGAUAACGUGUUAGCAGAAGUCAACAAGAAGGUGAAUGAUUUAAUUUUUGAUGCCCUUCCAAUUGGCGUCGUCACUCCAGAUUCUCAUGGGGGAGAAAUUGAUACUUCUCACAUUCCAGAUGAUUAUGAUUUAUCUAAAGGUAUAGUUAGAAUUGUUAAAAUUGGUGAAUUGGAUGCAAACCCAUGUUGUGGAACACAUCUCACAUGUACACUGCAAAUUCAGGCAAUUUCUUUACUUCAUCAGACUAAUAUUAGAGGCGGUAAUUCCAAACUUUUUUUCCUUUGUGGUUCAAGAGUUUAUAAAUAUUUAGUUGAACUGAAUAAAAUUGUCAAGGGAGCAGGAAGUUUACUUUCUUGUCAAUCUGAAGAAGUUACUGAAAAAAUCACACAAUUGAAUGCUAAUUAUAAGAAGGCAUUGUCACGUGAAUCUGGUUUAUUGAAAGAUAUUGCAGGUACUGAAGCAAAAGCAUUCUUUGAAGAGUUCAAAUCAGCAACUUCUGAAAAUGAAAAGGUGGAAUACUCUUAUAGACCCGAUAACAACCAAGAGUAUAUGACAUUAUUACAAAAGGAAUUAACUACUUUGGUAAACACAAACAAAGGUUCUGGUGUUGACUUGGAUAAAAUUCAUACUGUGACCAUUUUGAAUGGGGAUUAUCCUUCUGGUACGGGUGGAUCAGUAAAAAUAUUUGGUCCACGUACAGAAGAGAUUGCAAGUGAGAUUAAAAAGAGAUUAUCAAAUAUCAAAGGUGGUGGUAGAGGAAAUCUGUUCCAAGGUAAGAUUCCUAAAUAUGAAAAGGGAGAAUUAGAAUCCGUUUUACAAUAUUUAGAUCAAUUUAGAGAUUAGAAUAAUUAUGAUUCUUACAAUUAAACAAUAUUAUAUUUACGUUUUAUGAUAUCUGUAUGUACAUGUGUAGUGACUUGGAAAGAAAUAGUAAUAAUAAUAGAACCAAAACACCCCACU